GUUCAGUCAGUAGAGUUGUUAUAUUUGUCGAAGAUGGACGUAGAAACAGUUUUAACGGUGAUUUUAUACCGACGAUGGCAGAAACGACGCGACAGAAGACGGAGAUAUUGGGUCCACCCAAUUUUGUCACACAGGCUGACUGAAUGCCAGUACAUAAUUUUGUAUCCUAAGUUAAGGCAAUUCGGACCCAAAUUUUUUAACUACUUCAGAAUGUCCAUCAAGUCAUUUGAUGACUUACUGGCUCUCAUAAACGAUGAACUCGUAGCAGAUAAAAAAGCUGUGCGAUAUAGCAUUUCACCAGAAGAAAAACUCAUAAUUACAUUGAGAUAUUUGGCCACAUGAUGUUCACUUGGGACAUUAAGCUACGAUUAUAGAAUUGGAAAAUCUACUAUGUCUACUAUAAUACCACAUGUAUGUGAAACUAUUUGGAGAAAAUUGAGACCCAUUGUUAUGAGUGAACCAACGAAAGAAAAGUGGUAUGAAAUAUCCACGAUAUUUGAAAAGAACUCAAAGUUUCCAAAUUGUUUGGGAGCCUUGGACGGGAAACAUAUACGGUUAAUCCAGCCUGAACACACGGGUUCCAUGCAUUAUAACUAC